AUGGCGCCCAUUCGAGGACUGCUCCGUGCAUACCACAAAGAAGAGCAGUUCUCUCUACAGACUAGGGCUCCCAGUAGCUACAAUCCUCUCUAUUCAUACCGCCUUUCUCGAGGCGAGAACAAGCAUUAUCUACAGCAGUACGGUGACAUGUACUUUCUGCGGCUUGCCAAGUUGAAACCUGUUGUUGAGAAGAUUGCAGAAGACGACUGGGCCGACUUCGAGAUUGCAGGGGAAAAGGCGCAGAGGGUAGAAAGAGUGCUGGAUGUCCGACAAGGUCAGCUAUGCUGGGUGGUGGGCACGAUAUACAUGGACCUGCCGUUGAAGCCCAACAUUCUGGAAGACAUUGGAAAAGAGCAUUGGAUUGCUGGGCCUCCGCCGCGACACUCAUAUUUCUCUGCGGACAGCGAGACACAGGUCUUCUUAGAGGACGAAUCCGGCCGGCUCCAUCUCACAGGCCAAACGCUGAAGAACAGCCUACUGGUCACGGGCGUCAUUGUCGCAGUUCUCGGAACCGAAAACGCAAAUGGAGAUUUUGAGGUGCUGGACCUACACCUUCCUGAGCUGCCUCCGCAGCCGAAGAGGUGGGAAGGGAGUGACGAUGACGAAGAAGAGAAGAUGGACGUUGAUCAGCCAAGGAAGAAGGUGGCUCUGGUCAGUGGCUUGGAUAUUUCGGGGACCGAGGCGGACACCCUAAGUAUCUCUCUCUUGACCGAGUACUUGCUUGGCGAGGCGUUGGACGACGAUGACCAGAAUGAAGCCAAUGCAAUCUCCCGUCUGAUUAUUGCCGGGAACUCGGUCGCUUCUGACCUGAUGCUCAACCAUGAACCUUUAAUCGAGGAUGGCAAGAAACCUGGCAGUCGGAAAUACGGCUACGAUGCAUCGGCAUACAAUCCUUCCCCCACCGAACAUUUCGACCAAUUCCUCGCGGAGCUCCUUCCCAGCAUACCAAUCACCAUUCUAGCAGGUGAACGAGAUCCAGCCAACCUCAGCUUGCCCCAGCAACCUAUUCAUCCCGCCAUGUUCCCACACUCGAGAGCUUAUGCAUCUGCAAACGUCACCGAUCCGGGAGAGGAGGAACCUGGGUGGCUCGACAGCGUCACCAACCCUUGGGACGGUGACGUUGAUGGAUGGCGAUUCAUGGGGAAUAGCGGGCAACCUGUGGAUGACAUUCUGAAGUACAUUGAUCUUGGUGGACCUGAUGGCGACGGUGCGGACGGAAGGAUGGAAAUUAUGAUCAACAUGCUUAGAUGGAGAUGUGGCGCCCCUACGGCUCCGGAUACAUUGUGGUCCUAUCCGUUCCGGGACCGUGAUCAAUUCGUGAUCGAGCAAUGCCCUCAUGUCUUUUUUGUGGGGAAUCAGGCCCGGUUUGAUACUCACGUUCUUCAUGGGCCCGAAGGGCAACAAGUCCGACUCAUUGCAGUUCCUCGAUUUCAUGAGACCGGCGAACUUGUGCUGGUGGAUUCCGAGACCCUUGAGGUCGAGGUGAUCAAAUUUGACGUUCACGAUCCUUCCCAGCUGGACUUGAAUGGGUCAUGA